CAGAAGUUAAACACACAAGUCGGCAGGCAGGUCCCGACGCGCGCCCACCGCCGCUCUCUUCUCCUCGCCUCGCCGCAGCGGCGGCUGGCUUCCUCCUCCCUCUUCUCUUCCUUGCGCCGCCCGCCUAUAUAUACACGCCCAGCCGCUUCACCUCGCGCCCCUCCCCUCGCCCGUGCUGCCACCACCCUCGUCUCAUCCCCUCUCUCUGUGUGCACGGUUCCUCCCCCCACCCGCCCACGUGAACCCGCUCCGAUCCGAUCCGCCCACGUUCGGCAGAUAAACAUAUCCAAGUCAAGAUGGUUAGGUUCGGGAAAAAGUUGAUGGCCGAUCAAGUUCCAGAGUGGAGAGGGUACUACAUAAACUACAAGCUGAUGAAGAAGAGAGUAAAACAAUACGGGCAGCAGCUCCAACAGGGCGAGAAAGAUCGUCGCCGGGUUCUCAAGGAUUUCUCGAAGAUGCUUGAUGAUCAGAUUGAGAAGAUUGUCCUAUUUCUGCUGGAGCAACAAGGAAUGCUGGCAAGCAGGAUAGAGAAGCUAGGAAAGGAAAGGGCAAUACUAGCAGAACAGCCAGAUAUAUCUGGUAUUACUGGGUUGCGAGAAGCUUAUAGAGAAGUUGGUCUGGACCUUAUCAAACUUCUCAAAUUUGUUGAUCUAAAUGCAACUGGCAUUAGGAAAAUUUUGAAGAAGUUUGAUAAGCGCUUCAGUUACAGAUUUACUGAUUACUAUGUGUCAAGCAGAUCAAAUCACCCAUACUCUCAGCUACAGCAGGUCUUCAAGCAUGUGGGUGUUGGAGCUGUUGUAGGUGCCCUGUCACGCAACCUUGCGGACCUUCAAGAGCGUCAAGGAAGUUAUUUGUCUAUUUAUGACCAGCCAUCUUCUGCUCUUAAGGACCCAAUCAUUGAUAUGAUAAAUUCAUCGGUGGAUAAGCUAACACGCUCAACUAAUUUUCUACGGUUUUUGGGACAACAUGCCCUAAUUGCACAUGAGGAGUCUCCUAGUACUGCAGGAGAGGAAGAAAUAGAAGAUCAGAAAUAUCAUUUCGUGUCCCUUAUGUUGAAUUUGGUGAACACAUUCCUUUACAUGGUGAACACAUACAUCAUUGUGCCAACUGCAGAUGACUAUUCAGUGAGCCUUGGGGCUGCUUCUACUGUUUGUGGUGUUGUUAUUGGCUCAAUGGCUGUUGCACAGAUAUUUUCCUCAGUUUACUUCAGUGCAUGGUCCAACAAGUCAUAUUUUCAACCACUUAUUUUCAGCAGUAUUGUUCUUUUCCUGGGUAAUGUGUGCUAUGCAAUGGCUUACGAUAUGAAAUCCCUGACAGUCCUAAUCGUUGGCCGCCUACUCUGUGGGCUGGGCUCUGCAAGAGCUGUAAAUCGCCGGUAUAUUAGUGAUUGUGUCCCGGCAAGGAUACGUAUGCAAGCUUCAGCAGGAUUCGUAAGUGCAAGUGCACUUGGGAUGGCUUGUGGGCCAGCGCUGGCUGGUUUACUUCAGUGGCGAUUUAAGAUCUACAUGGUUACAUUCAAUCAGUCAACUCUGCCUGGUUGGUUGAUGGCAGUUGCAUGGCUACUGUACUUAGUUUGGCUAUCGAUCUCGUUCAAGGAACCAAAUCGUGCCGAGGUCAAUGAUACCCCACAACAUCCUCCUUCGGGACAAAGGACGGAUAUAGAUCGAGUAGAAAAUGGACUGGCACAGCCAUUGCUCAGAGAUUCUGAAAGCAAACAAAAUGAAGAUGACGAUGAAGAAGAAGGCGAUGAUAGUGAAGAAUCUACUAAAGAUUCUCGCACACCUGCAACUUCGAUAGGUUCAGCAUACAGAUUGCUUACUCCAUCAGUCAAGGUCCAAUUGUUGAUAUACUUCAUGCUCAAAUACGCGAUGGAGAUUUUACUUUCUGAAUCAAGUGUUAUUACCAAUCACUAUUUCAAGUGGAAUACAAGUGCAGUCGCAAUAUUUCUGGCGAUUCUGGGCUUGACAGUACUUCCUAUUAAUGCUGUUGUUGGGACAUACAUCAGCAACAUGUUUGAGGACAGGCAACUCUUGAUGGCUUCUCAAAUCACGCUGCUAGUAGGCAUUAUUUUCAGCUUCAAAGUUACGGGUACAUACUCUGUCAUCCAGUAUGUCCUCUCAGCGCUCAUUACAUUUGUUUCUGCUGAAGUUCUUGAAGGAGUCAACCUCUCCCUUCUGUCGAGCGUGAUGUCCUCGCGCCUCUCCCGCGGCACAUACAAUGGCGGGCUCCUCUCGACAGAGGCCGGGACACUGGCACGAGUGGUUGCUGACGGCACCAUCACCGCGGCAGGGUACCUUGGUAUCGGGAGCCUUCUGAACGUCACCCUGCUGCCCUCCCUUGUGAUCUGCGUCGCGUCGAUAGCGUGCACCUUCUUGACCUACAACUCGCUCUUCUGAUAGCAAGGAUCGAUCGGUCAUCAUUGUAUCUGCCGUCACCAUCCUUGUCAGUUUGGGAAGCUAGCUAGCUGCUGACUCCGAUUGCGUGAUUGCUCAAAGGGACAGUCGUAUAUGCUGGUCGAUCCGGUGAUCAGUGCAAUCAUCAUAUGUACCUGAAGCAAGGCUCUGCAAAUCGCGUUGCAAAAUUUUGAUCGGUUUCGGUCUGUGUUAAUGAAAUUGAAUAGCAUCCAUCUUCAUUAGCUGAUCAGUGCAUUCCGUUAACGCGGAGACGGUAGCUCGGGAGCGAUCUCGCCCCACCUUCCUGUCCACUAGUUUGCCCCCUUCCUCUUCUUUUUCUCUCUCUUAGUUAAUUAGAGAAAGUUGUUAACAAGCAAAAGUAUUAUUUGUGUGAUAUCUUUUUUUAAUCCUUUUGUGUCA